AUGUUUGCCAGACCCUCUGUCAGUUUGGCUGGUAGGCCACUGUCAAGCUUCUCUGCGCAAUUUAAUAAAAUUUUGACGCUUUCCCGGAAAGAAUUAUUCUCGACCAAUGCUUACUUGAAACAUGAGCACAAUAACACUACUGAGCCAGACUUAAAAAUUCAGCGACGGAGGGUCAACAGACUGCCAGCAGCUCCUACUUCGUUGCGACGGGUAGCAGUCGAGGCCCAAAGGUCAAAGGAUGGAUUCUUGUCCAAAACACUCCUCAAAGAGCAGGGUCUACAUCGACAGACCGUGACUGCUUACGCUGUGGCCGAACAAUUCAAUAUUCGCAAAGUCAGAGACAUCCUGCAAGAAAAAGGAUACGAACCAGAUCCUUUAGAGACGGGGCUCUUUCCACAAGUUGUUCAUGUUCAAAUACCUAUCGACUCAAUACGACGCGUUGCCAAUCCAUCCGGUACCGAUUUGUCAUCCGACGAAGUGGGCGAUCUCUUUGUAUUUCCCUCAGGUACAGUCGUGGCAUGGUCGCUUCCUGAAGGGUUCACAUCUUUUCUGGCAACGCGAACUCUCUUACCCGCGGCUGAGGGCGCUCAUGAUUUGGAGACCGAGGAUCUUAACUUCGUGGAGGACCCAAAUCGUGAAAACAGUCUGAUCAAGGGUGACACGAUUGUACUGGGGACGAAUGCUCGUCACGGCCAGGGCCAAUCUAUUGAUACCGUGCUAACCAAGGUUGCGUUCUCAUCUGGCCUUGCUCGCAGUACAAAGCUGGCUGUCCUUGAAAGUCUUUUAUCGAACUAUAUCGAGUCGACGCGUCCAAUUCCAACUCUUCUAUCGAAAGGAUCUCGGCUGCCAUUUACACGAGAUUUUGUCCUCCGCAAGACCGGACAGCUGCUGAGUGUUCGCGCACAGCUCAAUCUCUACUCUGAACUCACAGAUUCUCUGCCAGAUAUUUUCUGGGACAGUGAACACGAACUUGGCUUGGAGGGCUACUAUGAGCAAGCUGGUCGAGCUUUAGAUGUUGGAAUCCGUAUCAAGCUUCUGAACGAAAAAAUGGACUAUGCGCAAGAAAUUGCUAGUGUCCUUCGCGAGCGGUUAAGUGAGACCCAUGGUCUUCGACUUGAAUGGAUUAUCAUUCUGCUCAUCGCUGUCGAGGUCGGAUUCGAAGUGAUGCGAUUAUGGAAAGAGAGAAUCCGUGAGCAAGAAGAGGAUGCGCGCAAGGAUUAA